GUUUCUUAUCUAGCUGUCUUACCCGGUCGAUGAGUAAUGAUCAUUUGCUCGCCACAUAUCUGGCUCGGUGACAUGUAUUCGUCUGACAAAAUUCUGUGUCGUGUGUUUGAAUUGUGGAAUUUUGUAUAAUUACUGGUGUUAUAUGUCAGCGUUAAGAAGGACUCGAUAGAAAUGGUGAAUAUAGAUACGAUACAAAAGAAUUAUCCGCUGCACUGGCUCGUAUGGAAUAACAACUAUGUAGAACUCGAGGAUGAGUUAUCUUCGAAGCUGCAUGACAUUGAGAAGCAUGAUAAUAGGGGAAGAACACCACUGAUGUUAGCUGUAACUUUGGGUAAUAUUAGUUGCGUUGGAGUGUUAUUGCAACAUGAAGCUAAUGUCAACACAGAAAAUACACAAGGAUGGAGUGUGGUCCAUGAAGCAGUUGGCACAGGAAAUCCUGAGCUAUUGCAGAUGGUGCUAGCACGUAGAGAUUAUCAAAGAUAUUGCAAUCGGGUAGCCGGUAUUCCAGAAUUACUUCAUAAACUUAAACAAGCUCCUGAUUUUUACGUAGAAAUGAAAUGGGAAUUUACUAGUUGGGUUCCUCUUGCCUCUAGAAUGUGUCCUAGUGACACUUAUAAAGUAUACAAACAAGGCAGUAACGUGAGAAUCGAUACAACAUUAUUGGGAUUUGAUCAUGCCAAUUGGCAACGUGGAAAUCGCAGUUAUGUUUUCAAAGGACAAACUGCAUCAAAUGUACCUGUGGCAAUUAGAUGCGAACGGAGUUAUGUGUUCAGUAUGGUGGGACAAGAGUCAGACGAUGGAGCAACGAUGAUGGAAGUAGAUCACGAAACACGGAAAGUAUACGUCGAGCAUAUGAAACUCAUAGAUGUGGAUAAUAUACAACUAAUGGAUCCUUCUGAAGAAGGUGUAUUAGCUCGCCUUACAAAUCCUAUAGUUACUACAUAUAUAGAUACGGAUAAGAUUAGUUUUGAACGAAAUAAAGCUGGUUUAUGGGGUUGGCGAUCUGAUAAAAGUGAGGUAGUAAACGGACACGAGUGUAAGGUUUUUAGUGCAAGUAAUGUAGAAUUAAUAACGAAAACCCGAUUAGAUCACUUGUCCGAACCUGACAAAAUAAGGGCUCGCGCUCCUCGUACGCCUCUACAAUCAUUUCUUGGCAUAGCAGAACAACAACAAGAGAACUGCAUCAGUGCAACUACUAGCGAAGAAUAUAACAAUGUUGGAAAUCCGUCUAACAUUACUGCUGAAGAAUAUUUUGAUCCGGAUGUUGAUUUAAACGGAAGAGAUAUAGGUAGACCAAAGGAAGUAAAUACAAAAAUUCAGAAAUUUAAGGCAACUUUGUGGCUAAGUGAAGAAUAUCCAUUAAGUCUUCAAGAACAAAUUAUGCCAAUUGUUGAUCUUAUGGCAAUAUCCAGUUCGCAUUUUGCAAAAUUAAAGGAUUUUAUUCAAAUGCAAUUGCCAGCUGGAUUUCCUGUUAAAAUUGAAAUACCUCUGUUCCAUAUAUUAAACGCGAGAAUAACGUUUGGAAAUAUUUUUGGCAUGGAUCAAGAAGUACCGCAUGUAGGUCAUUUAGAAGAAACUAAUAGAAUGACCUGUUUAGUUGAUGACACUUGCUUUGAAGCACCAAUGGGAUAUGUCAAAUUGGGUGCUGAAGUUCGAACACAAUUCAGUAUUGAGGAAGAAGAUGACCUGUUACAGUUUGCUAUUCAACAGAGUUUACUAGAAGCUGGAAGCGAACGCGACGAGGUCGAUAUAUGGGAAGCUUUAAGGUCUCAAAAACCAUCACGACCAACGACACCCAACAUGACAACGGAAGAGGAAAGGCAACUACAAAGAGCUAUUCAGGCAAGCCUGGCGCUGUAUCAGGAGAGUACUGUUGCAUGUGCGAGUGGUCAAAGUAAUAUGAAUAAAGCUAGUGACGUAGAAGAUCCCGACGCGCUCGAAGAUACGACGGAACAAUUAAGAUUAGCAUUAAGAUUGUCGGAGCAACAACAAUUGGAAGAAGAGCAGCGCCGAUUGCUGGAAGAAGAAACGUUUCGGCAAGUGUUGGAGCUGUCUCUGACAGACAAGUGAAC